AUGACACGCGGACUUCCUUCCAUUUCUUUUGGCCUGGUCCGCGGUAGCAGGACUGUUGCAACUCCUUCAAUGCAGCGACUCAGCCCGCUACUUAAGGCCGCGGUCCCUCAGUCCAGACUGCAGAAACCCUUCCGUGCUUUCACAUACACCCGUUCCUUGGCUUCGGUAGCAAACCACAACACAAUGCCUUCCUCUGCUCGGCCAAACCUUCCGCCGCGUCAGCUGUCGACGACGAGCGGAGACUAUGACCUCUCCAACAACAGCGACCUCCGCCGCCAGCUGGGCACAUAUGGCUUGACGCCGCCAGCCGUGGAGACGUUUGAGAUCCAGAGCCAGCGAUGCCUGAGACUGCUGGCCAUGAAGCCCACGCCGAUUGAGAAGUUCCAGUACCUUGUCCACCUCAAGGCCACAAACCCACAUUUGUUCUACAGGGUCCUUUCCCAAAACAUCAAGGAACUCACGCCCCUCAUCUACACCCCGACCGUUGGCGAGGCCUGCGUGCGAUGGCACGAGAUCUGGACACAGCCCGAGGGCAUGUACCUGUCGUUCAGCGACCGCGGCAACCUCCGCCAGAUCCUCGACAACUGGCCACACCAGGUCGACAUCACCGUCCUGACCGACGGCUCGCGUAUCUUGGGUCUCGGAGAUCUCGGCGUGAACGGCAUGGGCAUUCCCGUGGGCAAGCUGGCCUUGUACACGGCCUGUGCUGGUAUCAAGCCAGACUCGACUCUGCCCCUCACACUCGACUUGGGCACGAACAACAAGGCGCUGCGUGAGGACCCGCUCUACAUGGGUUCCCGCAGGGAAAAGGUUACUGCAGCCGAGGAGAAGGAGUUCCUCGACGAGCUCAUGGCUGCCCUCACCGACAAGUGGCCAAAUAUCGUCAUCCAGUUUGAGGACUUCAAGAACCCCUUCCCCGCACUAGAACGCUACCAGAACAGCUACGCCAUGUUCAACGACGAUGUCCAGGGUACCGGCGCUGUCAUCGUCGGAGGCUUCAUCAACGCCAUCAAGGCGUCAGGUGUGCCCGUCCGAGACCACAGGGCCAUUUUCCUUGGUGCCGGAAGUGCCGGUACUGGUGUGGCCAUGCAGAUUGUAGAGUUCUUCAGAGGAGGGUCUGACCGAGAGAGCGCGCCGCAGUUCUGGUUCGUCGACUCUAACGGUCUCGUUACCGCCGACCGAAGCAUUCUGCAGAAAAUGGCGAAGCUGAACGACAGGCCCAUCAUCUUCCCCCUCUCCAACCCCUCCAGCAAGUCCGAGUGCACAUUCGAGGAGGCUGUCGUCAACACCAACGGCCGCUGUCUCUUUGCCUCGGGUUCUCCUUUCCCCUCAAUGGAGUGGAACGAGAGGACUCUCACCCCUGGACAAGGAAACAACAUGUAUGUUUUCCCAGGUAUUGGUCUUGGUGCCAUUCUGUCCCAGGCUGUAUCAAUCACCCAGGACAUGAUCUACGCCUCGGCCGAGUCGCUCUCAACUUCAUUGAACAAGCAGGAGGUUGCUGACGGCUGGCUGUACCCCGACAUCCGCCGCAUUCGCGAGGUCUCUGUUGUCGUCACCCGUGGUGUCAUCCGCGCUGCGCAGAAGAACGGCGUUGACCGCGCUACUGAACUGCGCCAGCUUAAUGACGCAUCUCUCGAUGCCUACAUCGUGGAGCGCAUGUACGACCCUUUCAACGAGUCCGCAAACGCCGCCGACGAGGUCUCCAAGCUCAUCAACGGCCACACCAACGGUGUAAACCACAUCACCAACGGCGUUUCCCACUUGUAGAUUGACUUCUUCACGGCGCCAUGCGAACCGACCAAAAGCGAAUUGGUUACCAAAAGAUUAGAUUUUGUUUGUUUGUUUCGGGACAUGGACAAUGUCUCUUGUUCAUGGAUGGAUUUCGACUCGAUACCCCGAUUUACACACGCUUUCCACCCACCAUACCCCUUGUAGUACACCUAGAUAUUGAAGCGCUCAUAGCGUGGAAAUGUAAUACACAUGACUCUAAA